GCUUCUUUUCUACUGCGGAAUCCUUGACGGCUAAUAACCUCGUCUUAAUUUAUAUUAAUGUAACUAAUCCGGAAUGUCGGACCUAUCUUGGGCGACAAAUUUUCGAAGAAGUAGUUCAUACCGACACAUUCGUUUAUUGCUGUGAUAGUUUAGGAUUGAACCCAGAUGAAAUAUAUAAUAUGUACCAAACUAUUCCUUCAAUUGAAGAAAAAGAUGUUUUUGUAGUUGAACUAACUAAAUCAAUACUCGACCCCCAAUUUCGUGUCAAUAACGAGUUACCAACCUUAGAAAAAUUAGAGAAAGAAAUUAAAGAGUUAGAGAAAGAAAUAGAAAAGAACCCAAAUAAAGAGCAAAAGGACGAACUAGAAAAAAAAAGAAAAAAUAAAGAAAAAGUGCUACUCCGACAUGAACACAAUAUUAAACUUUUUCUUCACAACUUAAUUGGCUACUAUGUAAUUAUGGAAGGAAUCUUCUUUUAUGCCGGCUUUGCUAUGAUGCUAGCUUUAAAAAGAGUCAACAAAAUGGUCGCAGUUGAACUAGAAAAAAAAUAUGCCUUGGAUGCUUGUCCAGAAGGAAUAGCAGGAAUUAACUCUGAGCAAUUUACCACUGAUUUGAAUAAAGAGAAAAAUUUCUUUGAGACUAGGCCUACUGAAUACCAAACAGGUAGUUCAUUGAAAUGGGAUGAGGAAGAAGAAAAAAAUUCACAAGGGAAAAAUUAA